GCCGCCCAUGUCCUGCAGGGAAGGAAGAAGGUUUGGCGACAGUAGCUGAAGGAAGUUCUGUUUGAGUUCGCCUCUUGAUCAUAACGUCACAAUGACUCUUCAGUGGACUGCUGUGGCAGCCUUCCUCUAUGUGGAGGUUGGUGUUCUCCUGGUUCUUUGUAUCCCCUUCAUCUCGGCGCAGAGAUGGCAGAAGAUAUUCAAAUUCAGUUUAUGGGAUAAAAUUGCCCCAUACUGGAACAAGGGAUUUCUCACUAUGAUUAUUAUCCUUAUUGUCCUCUUUCUCGAUGCUAUCCGGGAAGUGAGGAAGUAUUCGGGAGCAGAGCGCACCAUGAGUGACAAGCUUCACCCCAACAUGUUUGAUCACCACCACAUGAAGCUGUUCAGAGCCCAGAGGAACCUCUACAUCUCAGGCUUCUCCCUCUUCCUCUGGCUUACUCUUAGACGUGUCAUCUCCCUUAUUAAUCAGUUGGCGACUGUAGUAGGCACUGGUGAAGCUUUAAAGGUUCAGGCGGAAAAUGCUAACCAGGCUGCUAAGAAUUACAUGGAAGACAAUGAACAACUGAAACGGGCUUUAGAAGGUGGUAACAGAGGAGGCAACAUCCCAAAUAAUGAAAAUGAGAAACUAAGGAAAGAGUUUAACAAGCUGCAGGAUGAACUGAAGAGAACAUCUGAUGCUCUGACCAAGUCCAGGGGUGAAGUGGAGGCCAUGAAGAAACAAACUGAGGGCUUGACUCGGGAAUACGACCGAUUGCUGCAGGAGCAUGAACAGCUACUGAAACGUCUCGAUGAAAAGGAGGACAAGAAGGAUCAGUAGAGCUUUUUUCCUGCUGCUCUUCAUGUUUAUCAGCUGAGAAACAAAGGAGCAAUUGCAGCAUGUUUAAAAACCACCAUCAUUUUAAGGAAUGUUUUCAGAGCUAUGCAUGUUCUCCAGAAUGUGAUGAUACGCAUGCCAAAAAACUGCAUACCAAUAAUCACAGCAAUGAUUAGCUUAGCUUAGUAGCUAAUCUUUUUUAUGUUUGAGAACUCGUGUUAUUGCUUUGAAUAAUUGACAGGAAUAGGUUUUGUUUGUAGUUAAGCUCUGCACAUUUAGUUUCCAAGUUUAGAUACACUGUAUUAGAAAAUAGGUGGGUUGUUAAAUGUGAUAUUUGAAAGCACUUGUGUAGGUUGUUGUUUUUGUUUGCCUUGUACAAGUUUUUUAAUUUACAAAUUCAAGAGCACCAAGAUUAUUGUAGACUGUAUAAAAUUUGAAAACAUUUCACAAUGUGUAGUGAAAAUCUCAUAGGGUACUGUAUGCAGUGUAAAAAUAGCACUUUCAGUAUGCCAUCACUGUGCAUCAGAAGCUUUCAGGUUUGCUUCUGAAGGUUUUAUUGUGCAUAGGGUGUGCUUACUGUUUGCAUCAUGUUCUUACCCCAAUUGUGACUUGCUUCUGUUGCCUUAGUGCCUUAGAAUCUGAAGUAAAUUGUGAAAUUAUAAUUCAUUGGGGGAAGUCCAUAUUAAUGAUGCAUUACUAAGUUUGUUGUAUUUUAAUAUCUUAGUUUUAUGAACAUCUGUAUUUUGAGAAUAAUUUGACAUACAUGAAAGUUUAAAUAGAAUUAUUCAGUAUGAUGAAGCAUCAGACUUUUAAAUGUGAGAGAGGCAUUUUUAUGUUCUCAGACGUAUGGUGUGGCUUUCAGUUUGCAAGAUUUUUUUUGCAUGAGAUAAAUUGGCUACAGUGUGGUCCUGCAACACUUCUUUGCUUGUUCUUUUCUCACUCCUGUUCAUAAUCCCUGUUCAAAAUGGAAUAAGGUUAUUUUUAGCUGUUACUGGCCUGAUCUGGUUUACAACAGGAGUUGAUAUCGUUUCUCCUGGAGACAUCUCUUACUUGAUACUUAGUUUAAAGGAGAGCAAUUAGCAGCAAUUGUAGAAUAACAAUUGCUUAUUCUACAAUUAAAAGUGCCUUAAUGUGAGCUUUAAUUUCACUGGAUAAUGGAUUGUUUUUCCUUAUGCUGUGUAGAAGCUUCCAAACCUUGUUUUUUUCAAUAUUUGCCAUAAACAAUACUGUUGUUAAAUAUAAUUGCAUAAAUGGAAACCUAGUUUUACAGAAAUUCUUGUCUGUGAAAUGUAUAGCGUUAUUUUUUUAUUGCAGAUGUUUUACAGUCUGUGGCUGUGAGUGUAUUGUUUUGCUGUAUGUGUAUUUCCAUACUAUAAAAAGUUGUCACGUGUUUUGCAAUAAAAGCCAAAUGUUAUUUACA